AUGGCAGCAUCAACUUCCAGGCCCACUGUCGUCCAGCUCGUGUCCAGAGACCGCGCAGUCGCCACGUCGGUUUCAAUUUCCAGUACUACCAUCGACCAGCUUCUUUUCGCAGAGAAACCAGAUGUUCCAUAUCCUUCUGGAUCCGAGAAACUCUAUCACGCCGUUGAGAUGGCGGAGCGAUACGCCUACGACGAUUCCGCACCACAUAUCCCACAGAAUCUUCGAGGCGCUACCCCCAAUCAACUCAAGACUGACGGAAAGCUUCGUUUGUAUGCUAAAGAACAAGGCUUUAUCGUUUCCAUCAACCCUCGGCUUACACAUGGCAUGGUACUAUUCAUGAAAGGACACAUUCAAGUCUUUGCCAUAGUGCCCAUGAUAUUUCUCCGCCAAGGUUCAGCCUUUAGAACCCUUGCUGACAAGACGGCCGACAAUGUUCCUUUGUUGGAGGCACCAGUCAUAGACUUGAAACCCCAGCAGGCCGACAAUCUGUUUGAUCAGACAGUCCGGACACUUUGGAAUCUCACCUCGCAGCCAGAGUCACUGCGAAAGCUUCGAGAGCUUCUUAUGCCCGAAGAAGACAUUGUUGGGUAUUUCACCACGCCCAGAGACAAUGUCGACUCUAUCACCAAUGCUCUUCUCCCAGAAGUUCGGGAAGUUCUGCAGUCUGGUGAAUUCUCUUUGAGAGACCUUACCGACCUUCGACAUUAUUCCGCGGACUGGCCAAGCAACCAAGCUAGUUGUAUCUAUCUCAGAAUUUACAUUAAGCGAAACGACAGACCUGGACCCUACUCAGACACGUCGCAAGCGGACAUUAACGGAAAUGUUGGCAUGUACUUUGGGCAAACUCGUAACCUCCGAAAUCGACUCUAUGCAUACGAACGCACAAUGGUUCCCGGGAGCCGAAGUCCUCAUAUGAUGUUUGCCCUGAAGUGUUCUCCAGAAGACCGCCAUACGAUUCCAAUUAUGAUUUGGGAGGAUGGAGAUGUUUCAUCACACAUUCUUAAAAUGGCAGAGCAAACUAUGAUCCUUCUACUGAGGUCGUAUCAGCGAUACCUUUUCGUUCCAGAUGACCACAUGUCUUCAGGCCAAGUGGUGAACUCACGAUGCGCAAAACUGCUUGCCUCUUUCCAGAGAAGAGCCGCUUCUACAACAGGUUGGCCACUCAUCAAUGGUCGAGGUUUGAAUACGGCAAGCCCGAUUUUUGAAACUUACAGAUCAAAUUGUCCGUUUCUAUCCAUCCCUAUGGCUCCUGGGAAUCCAAAUGCCAGAUCCUUCACUAGCUACCGCAUCCGACGAACACUGGUGUACUCGAUCGGCAUGGCUCAGGUUCAGUUGUAUUUCCACAGCCACUAUAGCGAUACGGACACGAGGAAGCAGGUAUUCUUUUCCAGAGUCAAGAACAACACGCUCAACGCUCAACGACCCAGGUAUGGCUAUCUUGUGUUUGAGAUCAUGGAUGACGACAAACCACAUCCUCGCCCUUACAUGGGUGUACCUUCUGUCGGACCGUUCAAGAACUUCAACCAAGCAUCGAGCUUUGGAGUGCAUCUGGAAUGGUUUAAUAAAUCCUCUGGAAGAUGGUGUAAAGUCGCCUUAGCAAAAGGUCCAUACAUCGAUCUAGCCAGACUUGCCAGAACAGGCGACGUGGAAGCUUGCUUGAAGCCAUAUCGAGAUGGCAUGAUGAUCAUCCAAGCUCUUAGAGGCAUAGACUACACAGGGCUAUUGGAUGGCUUCCCUAGGAGAGUUACCAUUGCGAGCCAAGACAUCUCAGUCAUGAAGACCAACCACUUACUCCAAGAAUACCGCUUAGAGCGCCAGGUCCGAGUCUCGAGUCCUGUCCCAGCCAGAUCAGAUUGGCAACAGAACUAUAACCUCAUGGUUCGACAGUUCUCUUGUGAUGUGACUCGAGUUCUUGUUCAAGCACCUACAGCAGAUGAUCCAGUCAUGAUAUACACUAAUGCUGAUGCUCGAAGCUCUGGACAAUUGGUUAAGGCAGGGAGACGGCGCAAUUGCGAUACCUGUACGCUUGCUUCUGCACGUCGCGGCUAUAUCAGCGUGUGUGAGCCUGAUCCAUCACAUCCCCAUGGGUGCUGUAAAGCUUGCUCUCUUUUCAACCGUCCUUGCACUUUUACUGCUCUGAGUCAACACCCACGUCUUUUCGGCAACCGGCAGCCCUCGAGACAUGUGAACUACGGCUUGUCUGUGUAUCCUGACGGACCUUUCCGGUGGCUCAUCUAUCGUCGCGAUUUAUCCAACGAGGAGCUCGAUGCGGAUGAUCUUGUGCCGGAGCCGUUUGAAGAGAGAUUCGGGGUUUCCGAGGAGGAUGAGGACGUUGAGGCUGCUGAGAGAGAUGAGGCUCAGGGGGAGGUACCUGAGUCAAAUGAGGAAUGA